CUCUCCAACCCACUACCACAACCCAACCCUUUCGGCCGGACAGCAACACCCACUGCAGACUCUCUAACGGAAUAACCUUCGCCUGUGACCUCCUUCAACUGGGACCUCUUUCAUCUACGACCUCCUUCGCCUGCGACCUUCUUCAUCUGCGAUCUCCUUCUCUGUAUAGAGAUUUGGAAUAAUACUCGAGCUGUCAAUUCUGUUGCAUUGCUGUCACGAUGGUCAACAAGCAGCGAAGCCUUCCAACAUGCUCUGCGCAUGAUCCAUCUGCAAAUGGUCUAUGCCAAGCUCAUUCCGAGCACCAGAAAGAUAUUGAUUAUAUUCGUCGCAUGGCCCAGAAAGGGUCGCCUAGGGUUAAAGAAAUGGAGUCACAGUUCAUACAAGUGAUGAAUCAGGAAUUUGAGGAGGCCAAUGACGUUUGCGAGGAUACUACAUUUCGAAACUGGAGGAUCAACGCGAAGACCCAAAUCGACAGCAUUUCGAGAGAGAUUGAUACUUUCAAGAAGGAACUAGCCACAAAAGAAGCCGCUCAUACGCAAGAGGUAAACCAUUUGCAGAGCCAGUAUGAUAGUCUCAUGCAGAAUCAUGCUGCAAGGGAGAAAAACCUUCAGAAGGAUAUCGAAGAUCUGGGAAUACAAACUCAGGACCGGAAACUGAAGUGUGAUCAGCCCCAAUCUCUUGUUGUGAGAUUACGGAACAUCAUGGCCGAGCUUCUGUCGAAAAUUGAGAACGCAGAAACGAAAGCAGCGCAGCUGCAAGAACAGGUGGAUAGGCUCCAAUCGACCAUCGAAUAUAACUCCCGAGUUUCGGACAAUGGAUUGAAGGUUUACCAGAAUAAAUGGGAAUAUCUUCAAUCGGCGAUGAUAAGAGACGCAGAGGGGUAUCGGGAAGAGAUCUCAAGGCAAGCGCUUAGAAUCGAAGAGAUGCAAUCGACAAUAGAGAAGCAGAGCCACGAGUACGCCGAAACAAUUGCACUUCAACAGGCUCAGAUCGCGAGUCUCGAAGCAGGCCUUGAGAUGCAUCCGCACAAAUCACAAGCUCAGCCAAAUGAUAAGUCCAAAGACAUUCUGAACACUGGUACAGAAUUCCGAGAGGGCAGUGGAAUAGAUGAUCAUGACGGUGUGGGAGCCGAUGGCGGCGAGACUUCACAAGAUCCAGAGUGGUUCGCGCCAGACCACACUUCCUUGGCCUCGACUUCUGCGCCUGUGACACGCCCAGAACCAACUCGUGGGACCAUAAUGCGGUGUGUCGCACAUAUCGAUAGUGCUAACGGCCCGAUUCCGCGUGCUCCGCUCUACUCUACCGCUUGCCCAGAUGACGCGGACUGCGAGAACAAAUGCUGCGGAUUCGUACACGGAGACCAGCAGACCAUCUAUGCCGGAUUAAUUCCUCUGUUGCCCCAGCACCAGAACCACCGGACCGGGGAGUUUGGACUCAAGGAUAGGCAUGGGAACUUGUUAUCUGGGCCCCCACUAUACUCGAAGCCUUGUCUCUAUCCAAGCUGCACCAUGUUUGACUGUGGAUCUGUUCAUGCUGAUCAGCAAGAGAUGUAUGCCGGACUCAUUCCGCUCUUGCCUGAAAACGGGCGCGCUCGCGAUUCAGGCUCUGACCUUCAAGAUAAGCAUGGGAACAGGAUUGUGUCGCCUCCGAUGUAUUCGGAGCGAUGCAUCGCCUCGUUCUGCGCUCGGGGAAGUUGCAAAUACUGGCAUCCGGACCAACAGGACCUCUACGCUGGGCUUAUUCAACUCUUGCCCAAAUUUAGGGACUACUGUUACUGA